AUGUUGCAGUGCUGUGGUGUUGGAGGUGGCGCUUCCACGGCACCUCAGGCUCCGCAGCUGCAGGAUACCGGAUCUGCUGUCGGGACUACCACCUCCACGAAAACCACCAUCAUGCAGGACGCGAUUCUUGAAUCCAUCCUCGAGCAAAUGCGUGAAACAGAAGCCCGAAAGGCGGAACUGGAGCGACAACGCGCGGAUGUACAGAACCAAUUACGCGAAAAGAUAGCAGGACGUUAUCAGGGCCCGGAAUCGAUCGAAGCGCUGCAAUCGAAGAUACGGGAGCUCGAAAAAAAGACGGAGUUACAGAUCGUCAGACACGAAGAAUUGUCGCUGGAGCUAACGAGCUUGAGGCGCGCUCGAAGCAGAGGCCCAGUAGUAAGUCACUCGACGAUUCCGACUACUUGGCCACCAACUGGUUCCGAAAUCGACAGAAUAAUAGCAAAAAUAGAACACGACAAUAGCGCUAAUAGGAUGAUACACGAGUUGGAUCAUAUUCGGGGAACUAUUACCACGCAACAGCCCUCAACUACGCAAGCUAUACUACGAUCCAGCUCGGAAAAUCUUCCCAAUCUCAGUCAACAUCAGCAACAUCCACCACAUCCGCAUGCUCUAAACCUAGGAAUUCCAGCGCAGAUGGGUCAUUACACAGGUUCGCCGAUGCCGUUAACGCCAAUGAUGCCGGGCUGUCCGCCUCUAACUCCUAACGGGCCACCGUACCACUACAGUGAACCGAUUCCACCGGCUCCGUCGCUCUCCACCAGUCAAUCGCAGCCUGUUUUCCAGCAAAAGAUUCAGUCGUAUCAGCAACCUCAACCAACCCACAGCGAAUUGUCAAGUUCUCAUUCUCAAAGUGCUUUGCCGACGCAGCAGAAGCAGCAACAAGCGCACACUCAUUUUACGAGCAAUCAGUAUCAGGAGAGUUAUCCACAUACGCAAACCUAUCAGCAGCCGCUCCAACAGCAACAACAACAACAACAACAACAGCAGCAGCAGCCGCCAUCGCAACAACAUCCGGCCUCUACAACGUACCUGACGUCGUCGAGUCAAAGUGUAAUACCUCAUUACACGCAACCCGUUCAGACCGCCCAAACCUUUCAGCUGAACGGAAGUCAACAGGCAACAACUUAUCCAAGCUUAUCGAUAACGUCGCAUCCGAAUGGAACUUACAGUACAGGCGUGAAUACCUUUAGCAGCCAAUUGUCGCAUCACAACUUCUCUGUUCCGCAAACAAGCAUUCCGCAAACAACAUUGUCGUCGCUGCCACCCUAUUCGACGAGCUCUUACCACUCGACUCUCGGCCCGCUCACCAGCGUACCUCAAACUGUUCUUCCGUACUCGAGUGUGCAAAGCACAUAUGCCACCAGCGGAUCGACAUACUCUACCGUUGGGACCAACGCUUUUGGCACGCCUGGCGUCAGUUCAGGUCUCUCUUCGACAGGCUUGUUACAAACGAUAAACGAUCCGUUGCAAGCGAUGCAACAACUUUCUGCCCAGUCCCAAGCUAACCAGCUUCAGCAGCAGGCCAUCAUUCAGCAGAUUCAGCAAAGCUUACGCGCCAGUUCGCCUACCGCGACUGCUACCACGGGUCAUCACUAUCUCAGUUCGAGACAAAUGCCAAAAAUACCGAGUAGUAUACUAUCGAAUCCCUUGGAUCGGCUGACCAACGACAAUAUCCUACCCGAGGGCCAAGUGGAUAUGCUCGAUAUACCCGGGAAAGGCAGAUGUUACGUUUACAUCGCCCGUUUCACUUACGAGCCUUUUCAACAUUCGCCCAAUGAAAAUCCGGAAGCGGAGCUGCCCGUACAAGGCGGCGAUUAUCUUCUUGUCUGGGGGCAACCGGACGAGGAUGAUUUUCUGGAUGCGGAGACUCUCGACGGUAGGCGGGGUCUAGUCCCCGCGAAUUUCGUUCAAAAGUUAGUCGGCGAUGAUCUAUUGGAAUUUCAUCAAGCCGUGCUGGGUCUUAGAGACGUCGACGAUUCCGCUUCGACCAACAUUCCCCAAAUGAGCAAUUUCUUCCUGCAAGACAUUGAUCUCGAGUUGGCAGCGCUCGAAGAAGGAAAUCGAAAUCGGCAGGCUGAGCUGUCCGCGUACGCGGAGCUGGACAACAUCGCGGAAGAGGACGAACAAGAACCACCAGUUCCGGCGCCACAACAUCUCACUCUCGAGCGGCAGCUGAACAAGAGCGUCCUAAUUGGCUGGACACCGCCCGAAAACACUCAUCAGCUCGAAUCGUAUCAUGUCUACGUAGACGGAGUAUUGAAGGUUACCGUGAAAGCUACCGAAAGAACCAGGGCGCUGGUCGAAGGAGUCGAUUCUACCAGGCCGCAUAGGAUAAGCGUACGAGCGGUGACACAUUCGAGAAGAACGUCUCGGGAUGCCGCCUGUACGAUGGUGAUUGGCAAAGAUGUUGCGUUGGGCCCAACCGCUGUUAAGGCAUCGAACGUAACCGCCACCAGUGCCGUGAUCUCGUGGCUGCCGAGCAACAGCAAUCAUCAGCAUGUGGUUUGCGUGAACAACGUCGAAGUUCGAACGGUGAAGCCUGGCGUUUAUAGACACACGAUCACCGGUUUGGCUCCCUCGACGAUUUACCGGGUGACCGUCAAAGCGAAGAAUCUCAGAGCGACGCACUUCGAGGACCAAAACACUCAGACAGCAAACAGUUUAGCGUGUCACGUCCAUUUCAAAACAUUACCAAAGGGAUUACCCGAUCCUCCGGUCGAUAUCCAGGUGGAGGCUGGACCGCAGGACGGCACUUUGCUAGUGACCUGGCAGCCUGUUGCCCUAAACGGUUCGGCCGUCACCGGUUACGCGGUGUAUGCCGAUGGAAAGAAGGUGACCGACGUAGACAGCCCCACCGGUGACCAUGCUUUGGUCGACAUUCACAAACUAAUGGGUUUGAAUCCGAAACAUAUCACGGUCAGAACGAAGAGCAGGGAAAGCCAAUCGGGAGAUAGUUGCGCCACCGCUAUUCCUUGCAGUGUGCUUCGUGGUGGCGGUGCUGGCACCGUGGCCCAUUUGCAACACGGACCCACCCAACAUAUGCAGGACCAGGGCCAACAGCAGCCAAACGUCACAGGCCAGCAGGACGAUCCGAACAGAUUGCGUAUGACCGGAGUCUGUCAAAGGUAUUCCACGGUUCCCGGACCGUCGCAUAUGAGAAGGCACGCUGCACCGAGGGUCGACGUCCACGGUCAAAUCAUCAUCGAAACCGACGAGAAUUUAUCCGACAAAGAAAUCUAUCCUGGACAGAGCAUGUCCCACAUGGGAGUUCCAGAAAUCACCAAGGACUCGGCAAGCGAAGCGAAUUACAGCGAAGAAGAUGAUCCAUCGCGCAGAGGUCGGGGCAUGCCGCUGCAUCAUUCGCGAUACGGACCACAGAUGGGACAACAAGGACUUCCUGGAACUCAUAGACCCGGAAGAAUGGGUUCCGGUAGUCAAAGCGGGCCCGGUGUAAGACCGCAGGAUCCUUAUUACGAUCAGUCAGGUAAGCGAGUUACUCGUUUAAAUCAAAGAGGCAGAGGUCCCGGAUAUCGAGGCGGCCGAGGAAUGCAAGCUCAAGGGGGAGCGGGUCAUCCGUCGAGUAGCGGUCAACAAAUGAACAAGAGGAUUCGGUGGUUCGUUGCUCUCUUCGAUUACAAUCCGAAAAUCAUGUCGCCGAACCCGGACGCCUGCGAGGACGAACUAUCUUUCUCCAACGGAGAUACGCUGAAGGUGUAUGGUGAGAAAGACGCGGACGGAUUUUAUUGGGGAGAAUGUCGUGGCAGACAAGGGUACAUUCCUUUCAACAUGGUGCAAGAAAUCGAUGAUCCGAAUCAAUCGGGACAGGGGCAGGGAGGAAGGAGUAGCAGGUGGGGAGACAUUCACGCCAGUAUGCCUGUCAAGAAGAUGAUCGCGCUCUACGACUACGAUCCGCACAAACUGUCUCCUAACAUCGACUCGCAAGUGGAGUUGAACUUUCGACGCGGAAACGAGAUUUACGUUUAUGGUGAUUUGGACAACGAUGGAUUCUAUAUGGGCGAAUUGAACGGAGUCCGCGGUUUAGUUCCGAGCAACUUCCUCACCGAAGCACCCGACCAACCGCCGCAAGGGCAACUUCCACCGGGGAGCAGAAGGCCUCCAAAUCAGAGUCAAGGGCCUGGCGCCAGAGGACCACCGCCCCCGCCACGGGAACCACCUCCGCCGGGACAUCGACGAAGCAAAGAUGCCUGCAUUGUGCCUGUGUCUGUCCCUGUCUGUCACUUAGACUCUAGACAACAACAACAACAACCAUCACUAAUGAACAACCAACAACAUCAACUACAACAUCAACAAAACAAUCCACCGCAUCUAGCGUACCAACAAGCGAAUCACCACAGCUACACGACUGUAACCACGUCCAAUCAACAUGGGCCCACACCCAUGGGUGCCCAUCAGCAAGGUCCCGUACCACUUCACCUUCAACAGCAGGGGAAGGGGAGGGGAGGCGCGAUCAAUCGUGGUAGCAACGCGCCGGGAGGCAUGCAGGGUCCUGGACAGCACAUGCAACAACAACAACAGGACUAUCAGCAACAGAAUCAACCGUAUCAGCAACAGCAACAACAACCAGCGAGUCAGCAAAAUCAAAGCUAUCAACAGCAACCGAAUCAAGGGUAUCAGCAACAGGGCACGGGAUUCGGGCAACAGGGGCAGCAAUUUCAGCAAGCACAUACUCAGCAACAGCAGCAGCAGCAGCAGCAGCAACAACAACAACAACAACAACAACAACAACAACAGAAUCAAGGCUCGACAAUGCAGGGUGUUCAGAGUACGAGCAAACCGAUCAGAGGAAUACCGACCGUGUUGCCGACGGUUCAGUCGAAGCCGCAGACAAACAUUCAAGGCCAGCAGUCGCAACAGCAGCAGCAACAACAACAACCACAGCAGCAACAACAAAGUACAGGGCCGAACCUGAUGCAGAAAUUCACGGAGAUGGCCGGUGCGAGCGCUGGCGGCGAUAUUCUCUCGAAAGGGAAGGAACUGAUUUUCAUGAAGUUUGGUCUCGGCAAGUGAGCCAACAUCCUGCUCGUGUCGCUGGCUCCGAUUUAUCUCCUAUCCACCGUUUAUCCUACCGCUUUUGCUGGUUCCCACCGGGCCCCGAACCAUUCCUCGUCGAGAGCUCGAUCAUCAUUCAACGAGUCGAUAUCGCGGAGAAUUGAUCGUGCAGGCCGAGCGAGACGCGCAGGCAGGAACCUACGACGAAUGCGUCU